AUGAUCGUAGUUCUGAGAGAAUACGAGCUGCAGACGUUCACGGAGAAGCGCGAGACCUCAUGGGCCUUCACCCCCUACGGCGGCGGAGACGUGGACGGCCCCAGCAACGGCCCCGCGCCUCUGCCGUGGGACGUGGAGGCGCGACCGACGCACAUGUUCCACGACGAAGUGAAAGUGGUCCAGGUGCCCCACACCGCCUCUGUUAAGGAGUGCCACAGGUGCAAGGGCACGGGGUCGCUCCAGUGCUCCGAAUGCCACGGCAAAGGAUGGAGGCUUCAGUGUAUGCGAUAG